AACAGUGAGAGUAUCACUCCGCCAGUCAGAGGUCAAACAGUAAUGCCGCCGCCGAUAAGGCUGUUUACCAAAGCGGCAGAAUGAGGCUCAAGAAGGAGGUUCUCAAAACCCGCUGCAAAGUUCCUCUUCACUUGGCUAAGUUUCUGAAUCUUUCGGGCUUAGAACUUGUAAAGUUGGAGAAAAUAAGCAGAUGUGAGAACCUCCGAUGGCUGAUUGCUCGUGACAAUAAACUGGAAGAUGAUGAGGGACUAGAGAAUUUGAAGCAGCUGUGGUAUCUGGACUUAAGUAAUAACAGUCUGCGCUACAUUGACACCUUGAGCAAAUUCCUGGCUUUAGGCAGCUUGGUCUUAUCCAACAACGACUUGAAAUGGAUGGACUUGAGAAAACUUCAAUAUGGCCACUUUUUAAGCAUCAGUCUCCAUGGCAACAAAAACCUAGACUCAGAUCCUUACUAUCGAAUCCAUGUGAUAGAUAGUUUGCCUUUGAUCUGGGAGUUAGAUGGACGACUUGUCACAGUGACAGAACGGUUGCAUGUCAAACAGUUCUUCAUUGAUACAGAAUACACACAGCAUCCAGUGAGACACAAACUACCUCGUCAGUUUCAAACGUCAACAAUGAAAAACAUCGGAACACAAGGAAUUGUCAGUCAGGAGUGCAAGUACAUCUAUUCCAAGUUUCCAAUGUCAGAGACUCACACCAAACAUACCGAUGAACGUCGAUUAAAGUAUCUAGCUCACAUGGUUCAAGAAGACAUUGUCCAGUGGUCUAAGGAACUGGAUAGCAAUGAUCCUGGAAGGCCAAACAUCAAGGAGAAAUUCCUGGAUGACCUGUUAGAGAACCGUAAAGAGGAUGUGGAAAGAUGUAACAUGGUGCUGCUUCUGCUGGUGAUUUCUCUGGAGUUCCAGCUGCCAACUGCCCUGGUGGUGACUGUUUUGUCUGCUACUCAGCUGAAUACCAUAGGAUCUGCACAAACCAUGCCCCUCUUUCUGCUUCCUCGUGCAUACCGCACAAAAGUCAUCGGGGUUUUGAUCAACGCUGCCAAAGUGGACAGGGACAAUCAUGUGCAACAUGAAGGAGGACUAUACCCUCAACUGUUCAUGUGCCUGUACUACAUAGUAGCUCAGUUGACUCGCAUCAGCCAGACCAGCUACGCUAACAUGAAGAACAUCAAACCCCUCUCACAUAACUCUGACUAUAUGGCCUUGAUGGCCAGUGAGGUGGUGUCCUUGAUGAUGCAGGUGCCAAAGUUCUUUGACUACCUGGGCACAGACACAGGUGUGAUCAACCUGACAGCUUCAGCCACCGGGAGCUUUGAGACAGUGUACGAGAUGCAGGAACUACUGUUGGAAUCUCACACUUUGCUGAAUGGUCUUACUUAUAUUGAUGUUAAUCAAGGCAAAGCUAAAAAGAUAGUUUUGAAAGCCAUCCAGAAGAGACUGGACAAGAUCAGCAUCAAGAUGUCAGACAUUCCAGUGGGGGAUCGCUAUCUUGCUUUGUCAGAUGCUCUGCCAAUCAAACCUCUGCACUCUGUGGUCUGGGCCUCCAACUUCUUGACCAACGGUCAAACAAUCCCCUGUCUGGAGCCUCCAAUUCUUAACCCAGCAAGGGAGGCAGCUAAACCAAAGCCAGUUCCUCCAAAGAGAGGCGAAAAUGUCCUUCUGGGCCCACAGGUAGUGGGAGAAAUUUCCAUGCUCAUGGAAGGAGACAUUGGACUGGUGAAGAUUGACGCUGUCCCAGUAUCUAGCGGAGCAGUGGAGAGCAAGCUGAAAUCAAGUGAUGCUCAUUUCACAUUUGUGGAUAUGAAAGCUCUGUGUUAUGCCAAGGAUAUUGGAAUGUGGAGACCCACAAAAACCAUUGGAGACAACCGGCCACCAAAGAGGGAGGAGAAAAGGUACACCAUCCAGUCCACGGACGAGCAGACGUUCACCACACUGACCCAUGGGUCAACAAAAGCCAAGGACGCCACGCCUCUGAUCUAUACCCCGCGGACAAAGACGGGUAUGGUGUACACUCCUGGGGCUCUCAAAGCCAAGAACUCCUUUGCGGCGGCUAACGGCGAAGAACUGGAUGACCUAUUCCCCCAAGUCAACGAAGAAGAAGAGGAAACAGACGUACAGCACACGAGUCGUCACCCCAUGGUUGUCCCCAUCAGCACACUGGAUCAUGCUGCUGAUGUCAGCGGACCCCAUCCCCCUGACCACCUGUCGGCCGCGGUCAAAACUGUGGCGGUGAUCAACACGGACACUCUUCAUCUCCAUGACAACGUGCAUCACAUCCGGGGCUUGACGCCGCGGGAAGACUCCGCACGCUCCUUCUCGGUCUCGGCCACCCUCACCCCGACCACGAAUGACCAGCCCACGUCACGAGUGAUGGAGUCUGCCGGCGCCACAGGGGACAGAGAGAGCCCCUACCACUGAGCCCAUGUCCACUGGAAGAUCCGACUGGCCAGGCGAUGCUCAGGACAGUCCAGCGAGGGAUGGACAACAACACGUUAUCGUCGGAGAUGGUGGUCAUCAUCAUCAGCACGCUGGUCAGAUGGUUGAGGGAGGUCUUCCUGUGGUGGGCGAUGGGUGUCCUGUUUGCUUGGCAAAUGCUCAGAGCGCUUUUCUCACAAGUGUGGCCAAUCAGGGUGAAGGUUUGGACACUACAGGUCUGCCCAACAAAGAACAAGUAGUCCCAACAACAGCAGAAACUGUUGAACCAAUUUCUAAGGUAGAACCCAGCCCACGUGUUGAGCCCAUUUCCAAAGUUGACCCCAAUGACAAGGUUAACCCUAGUCUUGAGUCUGAGACCAGCUACCCAAGGGCUCAGGGAGGUCCCAAGAUGAAGGUUGCUGAUGAAAAUAUUGACCCAUCUUUCCCGAGACAAGUGAGGGUCAGAGGUCGUCCAAUGUCUUCCAAUCCAUCCGGAGCAGUGCGGCUCAGAGUGAGUGAGAACCAACUACUUUUGGGCCGACCAAUGAGUGCUUUUGCCCCGACCCAUAUUGGAUUUGUGACCCAUCCACCGACUGUGGUUGCCACGGGAACCAGCGCUAAGCUUAACUCAAGCCGCAGCAUCCCAGCUCACUUCAAAACAGACUUCCAGCAGCAGAGGGAAGAGGCGUGGAAAAGCACGACUCGCCGAGGGAAACAACGCCCCCACACAGCCAUUGUCCAGCGGUCCAGUACUUCUCUGGGCUUGCAGUUUCCCCCACCACAACGUCCCACCUCCCCGAUCACAUCAGGAGGUUUUCAUUCCGCCAAGCCCCGUCUCCGGGUGACCCGCACGGAGAACUGGCUAGCUGGUGGGCGAGAUUUGUUCUGGGAAGGCGUUCGAAAGCGCCCUAAAUCAGGGCAUGUCCCUGGUUGGAAGGAAGGUCUUCCUGAAAGUAUGAGAAAACAGAGGCCAAAGUCUGCAUAUGUGCCCUCUUCUCGUGUGUACGCUAUGAGGCCCAAGUCACCAGGUGGUUUUUUGGUGACAUCCUGUGGGAGCUGUAGGACGCUGGAGGUUGCUCAUCCAGGCUUGUCAAUGGGUAGCUCCACGGAUGAUCCUGAUCUGACCUACUUCAUGCCGCAUGUGCAGCAGCUGUUGCAACAGCCCCCACUUCGUCCUUUUGGUAGUCCUGUAUCGUUUGAUGGGGAGGAGGAUCCUUUACCACAUAGCAUCGGCGAGGCAGAAAUUAGGUCUGGCCUGUUCAUUCAGGGGUAUCCACCCCAGAGCAUCCCCCCUCCUCAUGGGGUGUACAGAUUACGAUCGUCUCACCGCAUGGGACUGGCCAGCGCACCAAGCUCAUCGUAUGACAGCCGACUCAGUUUUUACUCCGACAGCAAGCUCAUGUGGGUUCCUCCUCGUUUUGUGAUGGACAUUUUGCCAGAACAUAUCGCUGGUAGAGAUGAUCAUAAAGAGAGUGAGCAUUGUAUUUUGUGUAAAGUUCCUGAGCUCUCUUUGAAUGAGGAGAACAGUAUAGCGAACAGAGGCACGGACAACAGUGCUGUGGUAGGCGACGAAUAUAAAAAUGACACAAGUAUGAAAGAAGAGCAAAAUGUGGUGGAGGUGAAAGAACCGAGAGUUGUUGUCAAGAAUAUUGUCUGCAGAGAUCAUGUUCAGAAUGAUCAAGAAUCAAACUGUGUGGACGGUACAAAUCUUGAUGAAAGUGAAAGGCCCCCAUUUUCCACAACAGACGGAUAUUUUGCUGAAAAUUUUUCUGCCGAUUUGAAUGAAGGCAGUGAGAUGGAGGAUGAGUUGAUGCCCAUUGUUGCUGUUCAGAGACCUCCGAGCGUGUAUUCUGAUGAUGAAAACGAGGUCACAUGUGUCAGCCCAGAUUCACAAGCAUAUGUUCUUAACGGUAGCAAAGAGAAAAAUGUAGUAUAUGUAGAUGAAAAUGGAUCGUUUGCUGUCAGGAAGCAGCCCCCCUUUGUGUAAUAUUCAGAAUGUUGCCAGUUACAGCUCUCAAAUGUUAUCUAUAUUCUUCUUAAACAGCAAUCACAGAUUUUCUAAAUGGCUUUUAGGUUAAAGUAGUUUUU